UCGAGAUGGUGGAGGUUGGUGCUCCAGUACUUGAUAGCCGUGGAAAUCUUGGCGGAAUUGUGGUGGAAUUCGAGGAGAUCCCGGCUCGCGAUACUCGGUCCAAGAAGAAUUAUGGGCAGAGGAAGUUCGAUAUGAUUAGCAUCCGUGACUUCUACAGCAAGAUGAUCAGCAGGGAUCCUGACUUCGCGAAAGCGCUCGGUGCUGCCCUUGAGCACCGGAAAGCAGCCGUUUAUGUGGCAUGUGGCGGUACUGGUCUGACGACUCUUUGGAAGGAUUGGAUGACAACUCAUCCCGUCGAAGAAUAUGACAUUGAUGAGCCUUGAAGUAAGAGGUGUAGCACUGUCAAUGAGGAAGACCUCCAUUCAGGCUACGUAAAAUCUUUAGCUAUUAUAAGAUAGGAGUGUUUUGGAGCUGAGUCCAAAGCUCUUGGAGACCUGGCAUUCAUUUGCAAUGUUUUUGUUUCAGCCGAAAAGGAAUAUUCGGCAUCUUCUUGCA